UGCUGUUUUUGCCUGAUUUAUCACAGCUCAGCUAUUGGAACUGCUGUUUAUUUUUCUUCUUAAAAGGUUCAGUGAUAGUGCAAUGGAAGUCACCAACGCAGGAACAAAUAAUUCAAUAGUUUUCACCACUAAUCGCUCCUUGUAAAUAGAGCGAGACUAAUCAUAAAUGCAGAAAAUACUAUCAGCAGAAACGAAGGGUGUGAAUCGACGUCGGGAUUGCAUACAUUUUGGGGCUGCGCUUUUAGCCAAGAAAAUAGUUUAUCAGCGUUCGUGGUAGGGUCCCAAGGAGGAUAGCGGACAUCAGAAGCUGGUACCGCUGCGGAAUGUAAUGCUGCAAACUGAACUGACGGAAGACAGGAACGGAAACGUCUCACAAAAGCGGAAGUGAGUGAGAAGAUAACUGAUCGACUAGACCUUCGCUGGUGGCGUCGCUUAGUCGAGACGAUGGAGCAGGAAAUUGGAAGCUGGGAUUCCGUAUUGCUGGAAAAUCUAUCGGAGGAUAGCUUUAUCAAUAAUUUGCACCAGCGCUACAAGAGAGAUUUGAUCUACACAUAUAUCGGUACGUUUCUAGUGGCACUGAAUCCUUUUAAGCCAUUGGCAAUCUACACGCCAGAUUUGGUGCGCAAAUAUGCCAACAAAAGCCUUUUUCAGCUGCCUCCGCACAUAUUUGCGCUUGCCAAUUCUGCCCAUCAGUUUCUGCUAAAUUACAAUGAGGAUCAAUGCAUCGUUCUGUCGGGCGAAAGUGGAGCAGGCAAAACCGAGUCCGCCCGAAUGAUUGUCCACUUUCUGACGCAGCUGUCUGAAGUUAAACGCAGCCGAACGCCAAUUUUUUCCCUCAAAGGCAUCAGUCCGAAUUCUCGGCAAUCGACUCCAAAGCACAGCACCAUCAAUCGGGUGGGAUCAUCUUUCGAAAGUAAUAGUAGCUCCGGAACAGGCCGCUUGGAUAGCAUCAUGAAGUACAACACAAGCAGGAAAUGUUCUCACGAAAAAACGGUAGAAUUCGAUCUUAUCUCGCAUCACAAAAGCUCGGAAAAUUUGGCCGCCAUGAUGAGCGGUACCGGCGGAGGUGGGAGUUUUUUGGCUAGUGUUGGAAGUACGCCCAAAUGCUUAAAACAUUCGAACCAGUCGAUUAGCCGUUCAACCGAGGCAAAUGAAUUUCCCACAAAGUCUACGCUCAAGUCGGCCUUUGCGUCGUGUCCAAAGCACAACUGCACUAGCAGUGCCGGAAGCAGCCACAUGGAUCUGCAUCGAAUGUGCGGCUAUUCGCCAUCGCUGCAAAAGCGCUGCAGUUUCAGUCGAUGCUGCCAUCAGUGCAGCAGCAGUAGGUCGAUUCACAAAUCUUCCUCCUCGAUUGCCCUUACGUACGAUCACAGCAUGUCGCCCUCCGUCCACCGUAAGCAGAUCCUGAAGUCCAUCUCGAAGGAAGUGUAUCUGCGCGAUUUGGAGCUAGCCAAGAUGCGCGAACGGGUGGCGCAUGCCGAGUUUUUCCUGGAAGCAAUGGGCAAUGCGAGCACGGCCAAGAAUAGCAAUUCCAGCCGCUUUGGUAAAUUUUUUGAUAUCGAGUUUGACUAUAAGGGUGAUCCAGCUGGCGGACAUCUGACCGUAUAUAUGCUGGAAAAGUCACGAAUUACCACGCGAAGCACUGGAGAACGCAAUUUCCAUAUAUUUUACCAACUGCUGGCCGGUGCCGACAUUCAUUUGCUCAAAUCCCUCAAACUUCAGCGAAAUAUCGACAAGUACGAACUGCUGAAGUACGGUCUUACCAGCGAGGAUGACCGGACAAAUUUUGGAUUUACUAAGCGUUCCCUGGAGGUGCUAGGAUUUAGCCAGGAAGAAAUCUAUGCAAUUUUUACUGUUCUGGCAGUGGUGCUUAAGCUGGGCAAUCUUGUGUUUAUUCCAACCACCAACAUCGACGGUAGUGAAGGUUGCGAAAUUUCUAACGAGUAUGAAUUGGACGAAAUAUCUAAGCUGCUUGAAAUAGACUGUCAUUUACUGUUCAGUUGCCUGACCCGGGUCGGUGAAAGCUGGGACCAGAUCGAAACGGACGGUUCAGAACUGGAUGCAACGUGUGCCAGCAAGAUUAAGUUUGUAAUUUGCCGCACAUUGUAUGGGCGGUUGUUCACGUUGAUUGCUGCCCGAAUCAAUGAACAGUUGAAACUCAAACCGUACGGAUGCGGUGCCGGAAGUACGGUUCGUGGCAAAGCUGUUGGCUUGCUUGAUUUUUAUGGGUUUGAAGUGUUGGAGAAAAAUUCGUUCGAACAGUUGGCGAUUAAUUAUUGUAACGAACGAUUGCAUCAGCAUUUUGUUAAAAACGUGCUCAAGUAUCAACAGGACCUCUAUGUAGCCGAGGGCUUGGACUGGAUCAAGAUAGAGUACUUCGAUAACCAGGCAAUUUGUGAACUUAUCGACAAACCAUGCUACGGAAUCUUACAUUUACUGGACGAGCCUCAAGUUACUAAUGAUGGGAUUUUGCUCACUCGGCUACACCAGUGCUGUUCUGGUCACACAAAUUUUCUGGCUCGUGAUCCCAGCUUGCCUUCUACCUGUUUUCAAAUUCGUCACUUUGAGGGACCUGUGUUAUACAGCAGCCAGGGAUUCGUUGAGAAAAAUCUAGACGUAUUACCGAAGCACAUCAGUUCCUGUUUGUAUCAACAUUGCGAGCUACCGAUUGUAGCCAGUCUGUUUCCGGAGGGAAAUCCCAAACGUCACAGCACUGGUCGCAAGCCGACCAGUUUGAGUACAAACCUUCGCACGUCACUGCAAACUUUGUUGAAACAGUUGGAACAACGUUACAAUCACUACAUUUUUUGCAUCAAACCAAACGAACUUAGACAACCGAAAAUGUUUGAGCUGGGUUUGGUGCAGCAUCAAGUGCGGUACAUGUGCCUCAUGCCAUUGAUAAACCUAUGGCGUAAUGGUCACUACUUCAACAUGGCUCAUGCACGCUUUGUGCAGCGAUAUAAGCUGCUCUGCCAAUACACGUGGCCUCAUUAUAGUGGACCGACGAUCGACGGUGUGGCGCUGAUUAUCCGAAGUGUUCCUUUGCCUGGGGCCGAAUUCACGAUCGGCCGUAAAAAGGUAUUCAUCCGCAGUCCGAGAACAGUGUACGAGCUGGAUGAGUUUAGGAAGGUUCGGCUGAACGAGCUGGCGGUGCUAAUUCAGAAAACCUACCGGUGCUAUACCAAGCGGACACACUUUUUAGCCUUGCGUCGAAGUGCGCUAGUGAUAGGAACUUUCUGGAAAACGUGGAGGGAACGGGAAAGGAUACGAGUAACGGAGUUUAAAAAGCAAGCCCACUGGGCCGUGCAGGUUAUCGGACGAUUUUUUGUUCUUAUUAAAACUCGCGAGUUUUUGCUAACGUUGUUGCUCCGCCUACCGCACGAUAACAUGAGUCCCAUCUGUCACGAGUGGCCAUCGGCACCAUCCUUUCUGGCGGAAACAUCACAGCUGCUGCGGAACAUAUUCCACCGUUGGCGAUGCUACAAGUACCGAAAAUCCUUCGACCAGCCAGCUCGAAAUCGAAUGCGCGAAAAAGUUACUGCCAGCAUUAUUUUUAAGGAUAGAAAAGUAUGCUACUCUAGGACAGUGGCUCAUCCAUUCCAUGGGGACUAUAUACGAUUGCGGCAGAACGUCCAGUGGAAACGGGUUAGCUGCGAACAUAAUGACCAGUAUGUGGUGUUUGCCGACAUCAUCAACAAAAUCGCUCGAACCAGUGGAAAGUUCGUUCCCAUCCUCUUGGUUUUGUCAACCAACUCGAUGCUAUUGCUGGACCAGAAGACAAUGCAGAUCAAGUACCGCAUACCGGCGUCAGAAAUUUACCGUAUGUCGCUUAGUCCCUACUUUGACGACAUCGCAGUGAUUCACAUACGAGCCUCCGAAAUCGGCAAAAAGAAGGGUGACUUUGUCUUCCAAACAGCGCACACGAUUGAGAUCGUAACCAAGCUGUUUUUGGUGAUCCAAAAUGCUACAGCCAAAUCGCCGGAGAUCGUCAUCAGCACUGAGUUCGAGGCAAACUUUGGUCAACAGACGGUCGUGUUCACCUUCAAGUGUGCAGGCCUAACGGACAACCCGUACAGUCAGACACGGGUUCAGCGCAAGGGCAAUCGGAUGGAGGUCAUUGUGUAACAGCGGGCCACACCAGAGGACGGAACUAGUGGACCUGCCGGUCGCCCCGAACUGCUGACCGGACUAUUCGAUUACCACGAUGAGGACGGGAUGGAGUUCGGCGUGCGCGGAUUGGAAUUUGAUUGAGGCCAUAAAAGGCCUUAACGCGUUUGGAAUUUUUCGAAGCUCGACAAACAAAGCUUGCUCGCAGUGCUAAACGCAGUUCGAAGCGGUGAGGGAGAUAGUUUUAUGUUUAGAAGAAUGCCUAUUAGUGAAUAUAUGAUAGAUUUAACGAAAAUGUUUAGGAUGUUUGUAGCAUGACAAAGAUUCGUGAAUAGUUAGAGGGUAAACGCAGAGCGCAUGCUGCGUUACAUCAAUUAGCGGUAACUUACAGGCAAUUGAAAGACAAGAAAAGCUGGAAUUUGAAACCAAAAACGAACAGUUUUAAGUAAACUCAGUUGGUUUGGUAACAAAGUUUGAAUACAAUCAUAGAAUCUACCCUUUAAACUACGAAAAAGCAAUUUCUGUAAACACGCUCGCAGACUGGUAAUGGCCAUCCGAGGUUCGCCAUCAAUCUUUUCGGAUCAGGAUGCACGGGUAAAGUCCUGUAAAAUGAAGUUUUCAUUUAUGCCAAAAAUUAAAUUUUAACCUAGGACUCAAUUUUGAUAUUGAUUUUAUCGGAUACUUUCAGCCAUUUUGACGAACGAGAUAGCUAAAAAGAAAACGUUAGAGACAACAUUUUUUAAAGCCGACAAAAAGUGCUCACAAUUUUUCACGAACGUUGAUCGAGUUUGGCAUUUUAACGUAUAAAAACACAUUAUAAAAAAGGUAACCUAAAGCAAAUCAAAACAAAAUAAUAGAAAAAUAGCAGUCGAAACACAAACCAUAUAGAUUUAACGGCGAUUGGAAUCAGCGGCCCAUUUUCUCUACAGUAAUAAAACUUAACUCUAGGUAGCUCAAUUCGAAACUAAUCGAAACGCAUUUAACCGAAGAACUAUCGUAGUGAAAAUGUUAACUAAAUUUAAGAUACAAUUGUUCGUCGACUUCUUGGGGCAACGCGCGCCGAGUUUCAAAGUCAAACCAAACAAAGUUAGCCGAUAAGAAUUAAUUGGGGCGAAGCGCAAGCCAAACGACGGUUAAUGUCGAGCUAGGGUAUACCACAAUUGUCGCCGGUAGCGCCGGUAUUUAGAACAUAGCAAAAUAAGGUUGAUAACAUUGAACAAACGAACGGGUCUGCAUUAUUUGGGUUUGGCGUUUUUCGAGCAGCAUUUUAGUUUUAUUGAAUAGUUAAAGAUUAUAUUUGUUAAAGACUACAGCUAUCUGAUCUAGAUUUGAUCCCAGAGCUUAUUUGCCUUUGUGUUUAAAAAAAAAGCCAACAUUCCGAUGGACCUAAAGUCAAAUGGUGCAGACCCAACCACUACUAUUAUUAAUCGCAGUUGUGAAUAAAUUUGAUAAAAUGUGAGAACUCAAAGACGCUUAUUACAUUGACAAGAAUUAAACAAACAGUGAUGAAAGCUAAAGCAGAACGUCAUCGCCAUCUAGGAAAUAAGUAGCGAAUUGAAACAUAUGAACAACCAGAAAAAAAAUCAAUUAUUAUCGAGCAAACCUUAAGCAAACACUACCAAAUUGUUACAAACACAUUACCGUAACCUUCUUUUGUCCCCGACAAUGGCCGGACAAAGUAAAGUAAAAUACCUCUAGUGGAGUGUUGAUUUCGAUGUUGUGUCACAACCGAAAAGUAGGUAUCAAUCGGGCAAUCUGUUUAAUUUCGCUCGUUUCACGGCGUGCCAAAGAAGACGAUAAUCCGGCACGGUAUAGUGUACUACAUACUUAGAGAGAAUAACUGUAAACAGCAUACAUUUUUACUCAUACACAUGGUACGGGUUCUUUAAAGAUAUGUCAUCGUUUACGAGUAUUCUGCGGAAUUUUGUGCCAAACGAAAGUCUUUUCGCUCAUUCUAGGUUCUAACAACGUUCGAAGAACCGUUUUGUGCCGUGCUAAAGUCAGUCACUCAGUAAUUUUUAUCCGUUCGUUGAAUAUUUAACAAUUUUUCUAUAUAGAUUUUUCUAUUACACAUUAACUGAUAAGAAAAAUAAAUUAUAACAAUAGAGUAGAAAUAGUUACGAUUGAGAUUAUUGCAAUAAACAAAUACUAGUAGUCGAAAAAGUAGCCAAUUAACCGAGAAUACAUAGAAAGUUAUAUAUUAUAUAUAAUAACUCACUGCAAAAAUUAAACACACACGACGAUAUAGUUAACAGAGCGGAUCAAACUGGAUGGGUAGCAAAAAAAAGUGUGCCAAAUAUUACGGGCCUAUUAUGAUUAUCUAAGAGACAUCACUACUAUCACUGAUGGCAAUGUGCCAUCAACAAUUCCCCUGCAAGUUAAUUUCAACGAGAGAGUAUAUUCGUUAUCUGUUAUCUUCUCAACAUUGACCAAUAGAGAUUUAUUUAAAAGACUCAUUGCUUUCCGGUCUAAGUCUAACAAUGAGGUUCAACGGAACGAAUUUUGCAUUCUACCGAUUAAAAGUUGGUAUGGUUCGUAUAUUAAAAAUAAGGUUUCACUAUUUCCAAGUGAAAUUCGUUUUGAAAAAUAAAGGAAGAACACAAAUAAUAUAGUUUUUGUGUCCAUUUUAGUUCUCAGGGAUAGUUGUUAACCGACAGGUAUUGUCUCACGCGGGAAUCGGCAAAAACCAAUUGAGCUAUGGCAAGUCGGACGGGGAAAAACGUUUUAAGGAAAUUGAAAAUUUUCGUUCAGACUAACAUACGAAUCGAUCAAUUCAAACUUACUUUUAGGAAUAAACCCCAAAAGUUGUUUUUAAUAUCAUUAUAACACCUUCAAACACACCACAAUAGCAAAUCAGACUAGCUGUAAUAAAAAUCUUAAUUAUACUGACAUAUCUCAUCCAUUGAAC